ACCAGAAAGCUCGCGGCAGAAUUACGGACGCUCACAACACAGUGGUGGUGCAUUGUAAAAUGUAUUACUUAAUUUAGUGUUACUGUAGUCAAAUACGUGGUGAAGCGAUAAACAGUAAGUUGUUUAGCAGAGCAAAAUAUAGACAUACAAGUAUCUGAGCUAUACGAGUACAUUUCAUUUGGAAAAUCUGACUGUGCAAGAAAUGUGGCAAUUGAUUCCUUUGGCCGCAGAUGGAGGAGAGCCCUAUUAUUUAACAGUGGGGGUGGAGUAUGUGGUUGGGCGGAAAAAUUGUGCAAUCCUACUUCAGCGUGACCAGUCCAUUAGUCGAGUGCAUGCUCAUCUGACAGUUAACAGCCCUGCUACCAUCCAGAGCCAAGCUUCACCAACACCUACAUUAACACUAAAGGACACUUCAAAGUAUGGAACAUUCGUGAAUGAGGAGCGCCUCCAGAAUGACACUCAAAGGAUAUUACAGCCUGGAGACAGGGUAACAUUUGGAGUCUUCCACAGCAAAUUUCGAGUAGAAUACGAGUCUCUGAUUGUCUGUUCGUCCUGCCUGGAUGGUCAGGGAAAGAUCGCACUCAGCCAAUCAGUCCAGCAGCUUGGGGGUUGUGUUGUUAACAGCUGGACACAGGACAGUACUCACUUAGUCAUGCCAUCAGUGAAAGUUACAGUUAAGACCAUCUGUGCCUUGAUUUGCUGCCGGCCAAUCGUGAAACCUGAAUAUUUUACUGAACUCCUAAAAGCUGUGCAGUUAAGACAGCGCUCACCAAAGACUGAUAGUUUUCAACCUCCAGUUGAUGAGCCCGGUAUAAAUUCAGAAGACCUAGAUCUAAAUGCAAGGCCAGUCCGUAGAACUGUCUUCAGGGGGAAGACCUUCCUUUUCUUAAAUGCCAAACAGCACAAAAGACUGAGUUCAGCAGUGGUCCUGGGGGGAGGAGAGGCCAAACUUCUCGAUGAGGGCAUUUUGAAUACAUCUUUACUGGAGUCAGCAGGAAGCUGCGUUGUUGACGUGGGAAUGGCACACUCUCAGAUGCUUGUUUCUACUUCAUUAAAUAAGUGGAUUGGUUCUGUAACAGAGAUUGUACAGAGAAAAGGUCUAAGGCUCAUAUCGGAAGCAGAAAUUGGACUAGCGGCCAUUUACAUGUCGACAGAUACUUACUGCAACCCACUCUCUCAAGUGGAUACAGAAACAUCCAGAACAACCAUUCCUGGUGCAACACUUUCCCAGAGCACUGCAGUGGAGGAAACUAUAAUGCCUGCAGCUACAUUAAACAUCACCGCCUAUGCACCUGACACUGAACCUUCACAGCAGUGUACCAGAAUGGAAACCAGUGGUGUAAGGCAAGUAAACGAAACACCAGAAAAAGACUUAAGAGGCCGCAGACAAUCACAGGUGAAGGAGACUUUUAUUGGUACGUGCACAGUGGCAGAGACGGCAGCAACAUUGUUCAGCACUGAUUGUGGCUCAAGCAAUGUGAAAGAGAGAGAGAAGACAAGAACUUCAACUAAACUGGGCAAUAAGAAUCAACCAUCUGCAAGCAAUACCGCUGUGACCAGUGGAAACAAAAAGCCGUCUUCACAGCAACAGUCAGAUUCCCUGGCAAAUUACUUUCAGCCAGUGAGUAAAAAAAGGGAAAGAGAAGAAAAUGAAACGGUUGACUUGUCUCAGGCCAAGCAAGCAAGAAUAGAAGAAAACAAAAAGAAAGUACCAGCAUGUCCAGUGUCUCAAAGAAGCCUGACCAGGCCAACAACUGAGACAAGACAGUCGCAGAUCCAGUUUCCUGUGGAAACCUCUCGGACGAAAAGCAUCACAGUAGCAGAACACUCUGGGAUGGUCAGUACCAGUAUGACAGAGCUGACCCGUGCCUCUGGGGAUUCCAGCCUGAGGGACACAUCCAAGAAGAGAAAGGAAAUGGAUGAGUUGUUUGCUGAGACAGUAGCAAGGAUUGAGGACCUUGAAGACAUCACAUUUCAGCCCAUGGAGCAGGACCAGGAAGAAGCACAGAGUGUCAGUAAGAAGAAACGGAUAGAACCAGCUGCUGAAGCAGUGCAAGUCAAGCAGGAAGAUGUAACUCUAAGUGAAUAUGGAAACAUGCCAGUGGGUUCUAUGAGAGAAACUGCUAGUCAAACACAACAAAAAGAAUUUGAAGCCAAAGAGAAAAUCCCAUCAUCUCUAAAGAAAGAAAGUGGUCGGUCAGGAUUAAUGGUUAAAAGUGAUGACAUGGAUGACACCCCCCGCAGCCUCAUAGUGACAGAGUUCAAGUCCUUGGUUGUUAGCGUGUCCGCACGGCCUACUGCAAGGUCAAGCCAAGCAAGCGUAAAAAACUUUAAAAAGUUUAGAAAGAUCCCUUUUCCUGGAGCAGUGGGGCUCCCCAACAUUAUUGGAGGCUCAGACUUGGUGGCACACCAGGCAAAAAAGAACUCUGAACUGGAGGAGUGGCUAAGGCAGGAAGCAGAGGAGCAGAGCCAGUAUGCUAGAGAGGACUCCAUUGCAGAUGAUCUGUUCAGGUACAACCCCAAAUCAACAAAACGAAGAAUAUAAAGACUAAAUGGCCCAG